GCUGCCACACGCUAAAAGCGAACUUUUGACUCCCCUGCUGCUGGCAGCGUCGUGGAAACACUCCCUUGGUACACCUACUUCCGCCGCCUGCCUUUGAGCAGCUGGUGUCAUCCUCUCCACUUACUCUCCCCGGCCACUCCCUUUCCAACUUUCCAGCGAGUUUCCGAGGUCGCUCGCGGGGUCUGGCGAGCCGGCAGCAACGAGCUCAUUGGCUUUGGCGGCGUCGUUUGCACAGCCCGCGCAGUCGCCAUCGACGACAGACCGUGGGGCUACAUUCUUUCGACUUCCAGAGAGUACAAAAGCGCGCCUCUUCUUGUGGCCUCGGUGUCACGAACCACAAGGCAUAAACGUCCGCCUGACAAUGGAGAACGCUGACGGCUUCGUCGACAUGUCGGACAUCCUUGACGAACUGGAGGGACACGAAUCGACCAAAAUGCUUACCAAGUCUCCAUUGAAAGAAGCACCAAAGCCAACGGCCGGCUCAUCUGCCACGAGCAAGCCGUCUCAGAACGGUUCGAACGCGGGAACUAUUCACCCGCACUUCGUGCUCAAGCCCGAGCUGGUGAUCAAGCUUCAGAUGGAGUACCCGGAAAAGUUCGUCAACGAGAGGCUCGGAGGAUACGAGUUCAAGACAAAGAGCACCCUGCUGCGCGCCCUGCUGCACCGCACGUACAAGCAGAGCAAGCGUCCCAACAACAAGACCUUCUGCGACCCCCUGGACUACGUGGGCGACUACGUGCUCAAGUUCGUCAUCUCGCAGUACCUGCUCGAGCACUGCGCCGUCAAGACCAAGGAGCAGCUGGCGCAGAGGCGCGCCCUGGUCGAGUGCCAGGAGGCGUACGCGCUGCUCGCCGUGCGAAACGGCUUCCACGAGGCCGUCUUCAUCGACGACCGCCGGGACUGGGAGCACCUCAACGAGUACAUCAAGAACGUCAAGGACGUGCAGACACUGAGGCAGCUGAGCGGCGUGGAGAAGCGCCGCUGCUUCAUCCAGAACUUCUUCCAAUCCGUAGCCGGAGCCGUGUACGUGGACAGCGGCUACGACCUGCGCACCGUCGAGCGCGUCUUCUUGCCCAUGCUCAAACCGUUCCUCGACGAGGUGGUCGAAAUGGAGCUCGGAGAUUGAAGCAUCUCUCUAGUCUUACGUCCCUCUUCCCUCUAUGUGUGUGUGUGUGGGGGGAGGGGUCUGAAACGCUGCCUUCGUGACGCGUUUCCUGGUCUCCGCGGUAUACGCGUGCAUUCGGUCAAAGCGUAGCCUUCGAGACCUCAGUACGUUAUCCAGGGCUGUCGCUAAGGCGUGGAUCUCGCCUCUGCCGUUUACUUUACUACCUCUCCGGGCACUCUUGUCGAGUGUUCGGCUUGUCGGAGAAAGAAGUAGGCUAGGAGAGGGCAUUCCGUCACGUAGCUCAACCUUGGCAAGCGGAACUCUCCGUGAAGACAUUUUCUGUUUGUUUUCUUUUCUUUUUUUUCUUUGCAUGCCGUAUCUGCCCUACAAGUGAGCUCUCGCGUAGCAGAAGAUUCUCUGACGUGGCGAUGACGUGUUAGGCCGAUACUUUCAGUUUCAAUCGUGUUGCUUGACGCUUUCUCCGUGUGUUUCUUUACCUCCAUGCUCCUACUCGACCUUGCGCCUCUUUAUUUAGUUUACGUAUUAUACGCAUUUUGAAAUGAUAGUCCAGAAAUGCUGCUCGUACCUGUACACUCCGGUAGCUGCAAUGUACACGCGAUGCCGGAGUGACCCUAUUGCUUCCUUGAUAGUUUUUCGAUCUCGCGAUCUCCUUAUCUGUUAGAUGUGUUAACGUACAUACAUUUUACUUUAGCACUGAUCUUACUCUGAGUGAACCGAGCGCCGUAGCGUGUUCUCCGAGCUUGGUCCACACGAACUGAGAUCAAAACUAUUCCAGAGCUGUGAUGCGCUUGGCUGACGCACAUGCGUGUCACACGUCACGCCAAGUUUUUUUUUUUGUAUCGAAUAAAAAAAUGAAGUUUACCUCCGG